CAGUACAACCCGCUUUACAGGAAGAAAUGUUUUCGCGCAAUUUUUUAACCAGUUAAAAAAGUACAUCGAAUUGGGGUCAGUUUUCUUUUGUAGCUUUAGUUUUUGUCUUUAUUUAAUAUAAAGUGAUUCGUUGAAUACGUGUAGUGAAUUCACUAUGGAUGAGAAAGAGGCGCACACACAGAGGCUGAAAGCAGCGGUCCACUACACGGUCAGUAAAAUUUGCCAGAGCACAGUGGCGGAGUGUGAGAAGCAGAUAAGCAAGCAAGCGGUGGCUGCAAUAGCUGAAACCACUUUCAGACAGUGUGAGAUAUUUGCAAAAGAUCUGGAGGCCUUUGCGAGACAUGCCAAAAGACAAACAAUCACUGUGGAUGAUGUGAAACUUCUAGCAAGGAGGAGCACAGCACUGUCCAGCCACAUGCAGCAAAAGAGUGAAGAACUAGCAAUGAACAACCAGGAGCUGAAGGAGAAGAGAAAGAAGAAUGCUGCCAAGAGAAAGAGUAAAGAGAUGGAGGGAAAUGAGGCAGAAGAAACCGAGAGCUGAUUUAAGUAAGCACAACCUCAUUAACCGUCACUGUGGAUAAGUGCAUCAACAUUAUUAAGGGGGGAAACCCCACAAAGACAAAUGUACUCUGAAUCUUUAUAAGUGUAUCAAUUAAAUACACAAAGCCAUGCAUCAAGAAUGUGUAUUUUAUUGUAAUAUAGAAGAUGCAAAACAUUUUCGCUGCCUGUGAAUGUAGGAAAUUGUGACUGUAUAAACAGUGUUGGAUUCAGAGGGCGAGACAUUUAGUAAAUAUAUCUGGAAUAAAGAAUUUUGUUUUGGGUUUUUUUU